AUCUCCCACUCUUUCUCUCUCUCUCUCUCUCUCUCUCUCUCUCUCUCUCUCUCUGUCUCUCUAUAUUUCCCCUCGCCUUCUCUUUGAUCGAGAUUGUUUAACAUCGAGCUCUGUUUUAAAUCGCAUUCGAAUCCCUAAAUUCUGCGCCUUUGAUUUCGUUCCUUGUUACUUCUGUAAAUUUCCUCAAUUUCAGUUCUUCGCUAGGGUUUUCCAUCACUGGGUUCGCCGCCGGUAGCUACCGAAGUUUGCCUGUUCUUUCCUCGGCGGAUUUGUUCCUUGGGGUUUUACAAUGGAGAAAGCUUCUUUUCCGGUGCCAAAGUGAAAAAAUUUCGUUGGGCAUGAAUUGAUUUUGUGCUAUCUCAGAGGGAUGCGUUUUGUGUUGGUUGAGAAAUGGUUCGACAUGUUAUGUUGGGUGAAGUUGUAAGAGAGUUUGAAUAUGAACAAUGGAGCUGGGGAAGGAGGAAGUCAGAGAAGAGAAUUACACGGCAAGAGUAAGCUUUUUCUAGGCAAUGAUUUCGCCUACGCCAUAGCAAAAAUGGCAGUGGCUCAGAUUUGCGAGAGUGCAGAGGUUAAUGUGUACCAGGAAUCACAGACACGCGAGGGCGUUAGGUUUAGUUCUUUUCAAGAAUCUGCUCUUGAAACGCUAACCGAUGUAGCGAUUCGGUAUAUCCAGAGCAUUGGGAUGAGUGCUCAUCUGUAUGCUAACAUAGCCGGUAGAAGAGAGGGUAAUUCUCUGGACAUAGUUCAAACAUUAGAGGAUUUGGGGUCUGGUUUGGGUUUCGCUGGUGUUUCAGACACUGGCCGUUGUCUUGCUGAUUCCGGUGUAGUCAAGGAUAUUAUUCGUUAUACAGGAGAAGCAGAGGAGAUGCCGUUUGUUUAUUCUCUUCCUCGUUUCCCAAUUAACAAAGAGAAAAGACCUUCUCCUAGUUUCUCUGAAGUUGGAGCAGAAUCUCCAGAUGAACACAUCCCUGUUUGGCUUCCUGCAUUUCCCGAAACCAAAUUGUGUAAUCGGUCAGAGGAAACUAUUGUAGGCACAGUCGAAGGAGGACCUCCGAGUAAAGAAAAUGGGCCAUCUUUGUCGAGUUUACAACAUUCUUUCAAUGGUGGUAGGUUAGAAGUACUUAAUUCUCCAAAGGAUGAUCGAAAAUCAAAAGAAGAAGUGGAAGGUAAUCCGUUUCUUACCGCACCUCUUCGAUUCGUGGAGAAGGAAUUGUCACCUGUGUUCCACCCUCUGGAGCUUUCAAAUGAAGUUGCUAGAACCAGCCACGUUCCUGAUAAGCAUUUGAGCAACGAUCAUCACAUCCCAGUUCUUGAGGCAUCGGCUCCAUGGGAUGAGAUCAACAAGCGGAACAUGAUAGUUGAAUCUGAGGAUGGAGAGAAGAAAGGUGGUGCAAGACCACAACAAACUUUGGUACGUUUCAAGAUUGGGACUCUAAAGAGACCUUCGUGUUUUGCAAUAAACCGGAGCGUCCAGGAACAUGGGUGGUUUCAAGAAGGUGAAGACAAGUGGGAAAAAAAGUCAGAAAUCAAAGAAAAACGCGAAAGAAUUGACUUGGGAAUUGUCGAGUCAGAUGUAAAUUAGGUUUUGUGUCAUUUUAGAAUGUGUUAAGACAGAAUAGCUUUGCAUCCCGAGUUUUAGUGAUCGUUUGCAAUUGAAUACGUUACUUUUUAGGGUAAGAUUUUUUUUUACUAAUUCAAAUUGAUA